AUGUUGCCACAACUUCCGUUUGGCCAGUUCCAGUUGGCCCAGCUCUCUCAGAUGUUCAAGUCGAUACAGCAGCCCCAGCUACCACAACAUAACUUGUUCCCGAUGAAUAAUGGAUUCGAUGUGAUGCGAUUGCUAACUCAGAAGGCUCCAGAACAACCUCAAGAAGUCAGGUCGGAGCCGACUGAAGUCGUUAAGGAGACCAAGAAAGAACCGUCUCCAGAACUGCCUCAAGGCAUGAAAAAGUCUAAGAAGCAGGUCCACAGCUGUCCUCACUGUAACUUCUCCACGGUCAUGUCACAACACAUGAAGGCCCAUGUUGAAGCUCAUAUCAAGCAUCAAGGAGCUAUGUACAUGUGUGACGUCUGCAAGAUGCAGUUCAGUCAGAAGGCCAAUAUGCACCGUCACAGGAUGCGGCAUUCUGGAGAGAAGCCCUAUACCUGCAAGUUCUGCCAGAAGAAGUUCUUCCGGAAGGACCAGAUGCAGGAACACUCGAUGACUCACAUCAAGACUGGCGAGAACUUUGACUGUCCCGUGAGUGGAUGUUCUACAAGGUUCAGACAACAUCAGGAGCUGAGGAAUCAUCUGGCCGACGACCACAUCAUCACGGCCCAAGAACAAGCUGCUUGUAAACGAUGCUCCAUCACGUUCUCGAAUCACAGACGUAUCUUGCUGCACUAUCAGACCAAGCACGAUGAUAACAUCACGGUACGUUACAUUUUCGUAGGGUAUAUUUUAAAAAUAGUGCAGUAAAUGUUAUACAUGUUUUUUUUAUAAAUUUUGUUUUCAUUUUAAAAUUAAAAGUUUUUAUCAUUGACAUUCCAGGGCGCUAACCGUGAAUUGGCUCUACUACAACAAGGUGAUCUUUCUGAUGAGGAUUCUCUGUCCAGCUCUCCACCCAGCCAGGCCAAGCCUCCCACUCUAAAUCCCAACUUUCCGUCAGCGCUGCUCCAGCUUCGUCAGCUCCCGACCAAUGUUUCGAAUCCAUUUUUGGCCCAGCCAGCUCCAAUCCCACCGAAUAUGGCAGAGCUCAUGAACAACUUUUCUUGGAACCCACUGAGUCUCAACAUGAACAGGGACUUGAAUGUUAAUCAACUGGCUUCGGCAUCAAGUCAGUCCAGUCCAAGAAUGUUGCCAAAGAGCAAGAGUCCAUUGGUUAAAGUUGAAAACGACAACAAUGAAGCUAAGAACAACAAUGUGUUGAGCAAGUUGAUCGAAGAGGUAAGUCUUAUAAGAAUGUGGUUGUUAACUACACUACAUUAAUAUUAAACAGUAUAUAUUAAACAUGAGUCUAACCUAUUAUAAUGUGUUCUUUCAGAUGAAGCAAAACCAAUCUCAACUUUGGUCCCAGACCCGCUCAGAUGACCACUCAUCUACUCAUUCUCCAACUUCGGGCUCCAGAGCUUCGACCUCACCUCAGCCUCACGAUUCUGAAGAGUACAAGAAGUCUGAAUCCCAGAUCUCGCACGACGAACGUCACGACUGUGAACAUUGUGGUAUCUCUUUCGAUGACGGCGUCAUGUUUAUGCUACACAAACAGCUACACUCGGCCGAGAAUCCGUGGAAGUGUGGCCUCUGUGAACGUCAGUGUUCGGACAAGAUCUCCUUCGCUACACACAUCGUGCACGAUGGUCACCGUGCCCAGUAG